AUGCCUACCAAAGAGCUUGAAGAGUUACUCAAGUACCUCCAGGACGCCAGAGCUCAGGAGAACAGUGACAAUUAUCAUCCCGGAGAAGAUAUCCAGGCUCAUACUGAGGCCCGCGCUGACAGCAGACGUAUCACUGCCGUUCCCUCUCGUCCUAGUGGGCGGUCUUCAGCUUCGCGAGGCAGACACAUUCAGGAUGUGAAGAAAAGGCCACUGAAUAGUUUCAUCGCUUUCCGAAGUUAUUAUUCCACCAUCUUCCCGGAACUUACUCAAAAAUCGAAGUCUGGGAUCCUUCGGUUCCUGUGGCAGAACGAUCCCUUCAAAGCCAAAUGGGCAAUCCUUGCCAAAGCCUACUCGAUCAUACGGGAUGACCACGAUAGCGAUGUCUCUUUGGAUACUUUCCUUGGUCUGAAUGCUGGUUUUAUUGGCAUCCUCGAACCCACUCGCUAUCUUGAGGUCAUGGGCUGGGAAUUGCAAGUUGACGAAGAACAACAAUAUACCAUGGCGAAGGUCAACGUGAGCUCUGCAAACGAAGCUGAUAUCUCCACAAACUAUUCUGUCAAUGAUGUUGUGAAAAACUGCUACGCUGCUGGCUAUGUCUCUGAAGGGGAUCGCAAGAAUAAGCCCACCCAAGGCGGUAAUGCAUCCGUCAUGGCUUUUGCUGCUCAGCCAACGUUGGUUAUCCAUGAAAGCAAUGGCGUUCAGCGUUCUGGCAAUCGUGCGAUCUUGAAACGGGGCACAACUCCUGUCACUGGAAUGACCCCAACCAGCAAACCCGGCAGCACCCCUUCUCCGAAUCCUGGGGACAUGAGCAUGGUUGUUCGUGAUGCUUCAGUCGAGACCAACGAGGUACCUACCGUCCGCAAUUUUCCGCUUCUUCAACAUGAUGCAAAUGCCACGGUUGGGUUUGAGACGCUCGAUUUCAACUUCAAUGGCUUUGAAUUUGCGAACUGGGGUGAAGAGCAGACUCCGUUGUUCCCUUAUGACCCCUCUCUCCAGACACCUGUGAUGCACAAUGACCCUUUGAUGCCAAGUCCCUACGACGUGGUUGACAUCGAGCGUUACCUUGAAAUAUAA